CUUCAAUCUUAUAACAUUUUAAUUUUAGUAAAUAUUAUUAUUCCCUAGAUCCUCUCCUUCUCUUCCUCACAACUCACCUUUACUUUCAAUUUAACUGUCAUUUCUUUAACUAUUUUCGUCUCCAUUUCUGACACGAAUCACCUCAAAUUCGCUUGUUUUUAGGACAAAAAAAAAAGUGCUCUUCUUUUUUGUUUGAAUUUUAUAAUCUCUUAAUUUGGCAGGAAAUUUCCAACUCAGUCAGAAACUCAGAUCAUAAAUAUACUCACUAUUGAAUCUGUGAUGAACCUUUUUUUUUCACUUUUAAGGAGACUUCAUUUAUUAUCUAGUAGAUUGCUUCCGGUUUCAGCCCAUUUCUUGUUGUCUGUGAAGCUUAACACAGAGCCAAACAGAGACCAACACGCUCAACCCAGAUUUACUGUUGUUUUGCUUCAGCAAAAUCUUUACCCUUUUGAGCUGAGAUCAAUUUUUUUUUGACUUGAAGAAGGGAGCAAAAAGGCUUGGUCAACGUUUUCAGAAAGUCUUCCUCUCUUGUGGGUCUUUGGUUUUGCCGUUGACGUGAGAUUCAAGCUCUUUCAUUUUUGUUUUAGCCGCAGCCGGAGGAAAAAAUGGUGGAGUUUUCAAUAUCUCAUUGUGGGUUGGGUUUGUUUGUUUUUACUUUUUAGGAUUUGAUUUAAAAUCUUCCUUUGUAGUAGUUGAGUUUUGUAAAAACCCAUCUCUUAUUUGCCGUCUUGAAGGCAUUAGUCAAAUCCGAGGGCUUGUUAAUGGAAAGAGGGAAGAUGUGAACAGUAUUAAACUGCUCUGUUUCAUAGAAUCUACCUUUUGUGUCCUGAGCGGCUAUUUGUUCUUACAUAAUCAUUUUUGGGGGUUUCAGAUUUAAGGAUCCUUCUUUCCAGCUAGAUUGUCUUUAAAACCCCAUUUCUCAUUCUACAUUCUAUUUUAGCCCUCUUUCCUUUUACCUCUCUUAGGUUCUUUUUUUUUUUUUUCCUUCCUGGCUUAUCCUCUGUUUCUACAUCAACCAACGAUCAACAAACAGUAUUGAAAAAGUUUUGGGAGAUUUUGGUAGUUUUAGCUUUGUAGUUUUGGAAUAAGAGAGGUGUUUUUGGUGUUUAUCCAACAGAAGGGUUUGAAUCAGAAGGUGUAGUUGGAUUGAAAAUGGGGGGUGGUAGAAGAAGAAGGAAGCAACAUUUCAGAAGGAUUCAUGCUUUUCCUUGCGGUAGAGCUUCAUUCAAAGAUGAACACUCUUUAAUUGGGGGACCAGGUUUCUCAAGGGUAGUUUACUGUAAUGAUCCAGAUAGUUUUGAGGCCAGUCUUCUCAACUAUGGAGGCAAUUAUGUCAAAACUUCAAAGUAUACCAUUGCUUCAUUCUUCCCCAAAUCAUUGUUUGAGCAAUUCAGAAGAGUUGCCAACUUGUAUUUCCUUCUUUGUGCUUUGCUUUCCUUUAGCCCUCUUUCCCCGUAUUCGCCGGUCAGCAAUGUUCUUCCUCUUGUUGUUGUUAUUGGAGUCACCAUGGCCAAAGAAGCUCUUGAAGAUUGGAGAAGAUCCAAACAGGAUAUGGAGAUGAAUAACAGGAAGGUGAAAGUACAUAUUAGAGAUGGUGAGUUUGUUGAGACUAAAUGGAUGGACUUGAAAGUUGGGGAUGUAGUUAAAGUGGAGAAGGAUGAAUUCUUCCCUGCUGAUCUCAUUUUACUUUCGUCGAGUUAUGAGGAAGCGAUUUGCUACGUUGAGACGAUGAACCUUGAUGGAGAAACAAAUUUGAAACUGAAAAACGCAUUAGAAGCAAGCUCGAACUUCCACGAGGAUUCAAGCUUCCAGAAUUUCAAGGCUAUAAUAAAAUGUGAAGACCCCAAUGCAAAUUUGUAUUCUUUUGUGGGUACUAUGGAGCUUGAAGAGCAGCAACAUCCCCUCAGCCCUCAACAGCUUCUUCUUCGAGACUCGAAGCUUCGGAACACGGAUUUUAUAUAUGGGGUGGUGAUUUUCACCGGUCAUGAUACAAAGGUUAUUCAAAACUCAACAGAUCCUCCGUCCAAGAGAAGUAAGAUUGAGAAGAGGAUGGAUAAGAUUGUGUUCUUCCUGUUUGCUGUCUUGGUUUUGAUAUCAUUUGCUGGGUCGAUAUUCUUUGGUGUUUCGACUAGAGACGAUAUAGAAAAUGAAAGAAUUACGAGAUGGUACCUUAGGCCAGACGAUACCACAAUCUAUUACAACCCCAAAAAUGCUCCAGCUGCAGCAAUAUUGCAGUUUUUGACUGCUCUCAUGCUUUUUAGCUAUUUGAUUCCCAUAUCACUGUAUGUGUCCAUUGAAAUUGUAAAAGUUCUGCAGAGUGCCUUCAUCAACCAAGAUCAAUAUAUGUACCAUGAAGAAACUGAUAAGCCAGCUCAUGCCCGUACCUCGAAUUUGAAUGAAGAGCUUGGCCAAGUUGACACCAUUCUUUCUGAUAAAACGGGGACAUUGACUUGCAAUUCGAUGGAGUUUAUCAAAUGUUCGGUGGGCGGGACUGCUUACGGGCGAGGAAUUACAGAAGUCGAGAGAGCUCUUGCAAGAAGAAAGGAGUCAACUUUACCUCAAAACUUAGAGGACAACAAUGCACGUCUUAGCAGCGAAAAACCGUUCAUUAAAGGGUUUAAUUUCAAGGAUGAAAGAAUAAUGGAUGGUAAUUGGGUGAAGGAGCCUCGAGCCAGUGUAAUCCAGAAGUUCCUACAGCUUCUGGCUAUCUGCCAUACUGCAUUGCCAGAAAUUGAUGACGAAACUGGAAAAAUUUCUUAUGAAGCUGAAUCACCAGAUGAGGCAGCUUUUGUGAUUGCAGCCAGAGAAUUCGGUUUUGAGUUCUAUGAGAGGACUCAGACAAGCAUUUCAUUGCGGGAGUUCGAUCCGACCUCGGCCAAAAAAGUUGAACGAUCAUAUCAACUACUGGAUGUUUUGGAGUUUAAUAGCACAAGAAAGCGGAUGUCUGUGAUUGUAAGGGAUGCAAAGGGACAGCUACUACUACUUUGUAAAGGAGCUGACAGUGUUAUGUUUGAAAGACUUGCAAAGAAUGGAAGUGAGUUUGAAGAACAGACAACGGUGCACAUCAACGAGUACGCCGAUGCUGGUUUAAGAACUCUGGUUCUAGCAUAUCGUGAGCUGAAAGAGGAGGAAUUUAAUACAUUUCAUCAAGAAUUCAUCAAAGCCAAAAACACAGUGAGCACAGAUCGUGAUGAGAUAAUUGAUCAGUUAACAGAAACCAUUGAGAAAGAUUUGAUUCUUCUUGGUGCUACAGCAGUUGAAGAUAAACUUCAAAAUGGGGUACCUGAAUGCAUUGAUAAACUUGCUCAGGCUGGAAUUAAAAUAUGGGUUCUGACUGGUGAUAAAAUGGAAACAGCCAUCAACAUUGGCUUUGCUUGCAGUUUACUUAGACAGGGAAUGAAGCAAAUAAUUAUCAGCUCAGAGACUCCGGAAGGAAAAGCUUUAGACAAAGUCGAAGACGUUCACAAAUCUGCAGCUAUCAAGGCGUUUAAGGCAAGUGUGACUCAACAAAUAACCGAUGCGAAAGCAUUACUUACAUCCUCGAGUGAAACCCCGGAAGCAUUGGCUUUGAUAAUUGAUGGAAAGUCCCUCACCUAUGCUUUGGAGGAUGAUGUGAAGGACCUAUUUCUGGAGCUUGCCAUUGGUUGUGCUUCUGUUAUAUGCUGCAGAUCAUCUCCUAAACAGAAAGCACAAGUUACCCAAUUGGUUAAGGUUAAAACAGGCAGCACCACUCUAGCAGUUGGUGAUGGUGCAAACGAUGUUGGAAUGCUCCAAGAAGCGGAUAUCGGGAUUGGUAUUAGCGGUGUAGAAGGGAUGCAGGCAGUCAUGUCAAGUGACAUUGCAAUAGCACAAUUUCGAUACUUGGAGCGGCUCCUCCUUGUGCACGGACAUUGGUGUUACAGAAGGAUUUCUUCCAUGAUUUGCUAUUUCUUCUACAAAAACAUUGUUUUUGGGUUCACUCUCUUCUUCUUUGAGAUGUAUGCAUCAUUCUCCGGCCAAGCUGUAUACAAUGAUUGGUUCCUUUCACUGUAUAAUGUCUUCUUUACUUCUCUCCCUGUGAUCGCAUUGGGAGUAUUCGACCAGGAUGUCUCAUCCCGGUACUGUCUUAAGUUUCCACUUUUAUACCAAGAAGGUGUCCAAAAUGUCUUAUUUAGUUGGGUUCGAGUUAUCGGUUGGGUGUUCAACGGGCUACUAAGUUCUGUCGUCAUAUUCUUCUUUUGUGUUGGGGCAAUGGAACAUCAAGCUUUCCGCAGCAGUGGAGAGGUCGUCGGGUUGGAAAUUCUUGGUGCCACCAUGUACACUUGUGUUGUUUGGGCUGUAAACUGUCAAAUGGCAUUGUCCAUCAGUUAUUUCACAUAUAUUCAACAUCUCUUCAUCUGGGGUAGUAUCAUUCUGUGGUACUUAUUCCUCUUGGCAUAUGGAGCUAUAAACCCAACCAUAUCAACCACAGCAUUUCAGGUAUUCAUCGAGGCCUGCGCCCCGGCACCAUCGUUUUGGAUCCUCACACUAUUGGCUCUAGGAGCUUCCCUUCUCCCAUACUUCAUCUACGCUUCGAUCCAAAUGCGUUUCUUCCCAAUGUAUCAUCAAAUGAUUCAAUGGAUAAAAGCUGAUGGGCAGUCGAACGAUCCAGAAUACUGUCAAGUAGUGAGACAGAGAUCAUUACGGCACACAACCGUCGGUUAUACAGCUCGGUUCGAAGCAUCAAAGCAUUUUGAAGAAUUCCCAGAAAUCAAGAGCCAUUAGUCUGCUGAUGAGAUUCUUUACCAUAGAAAGAUUUGAGAUAUUUUUCCAUAGAAGUUUCUUCUCAGUGUAUAUAUAAAUAUACAACAAGUGUAUAUAAGAUUCUUCUGUAGUUUGAUGCUUUUGCAGCUGAAAGGACCAUUCCAACUCAAAUGGUAAAAAAUUUUCUUCCUUUCAUGAAUUCUUAGGAAAUAUAUCAAUUGUUGUAUUCAAUCAUUUCAAAUAAUCAUUCAGAUGUUUCCCUCUUUCCUUUCUGUA